AUGUUUCCUUCUUUCUCUUUCUACUUCCUUUUCUUUUUUUUCCUUCUUUCUAAUUCUUGUUUCUUUAUUUCAUUUUUCCGGUUUCUUCUUUCAUUUCUUUUUUCCUUCUUUUUAUUACUUUCAUUUUUAUCCUUUCUGUUACUUCUUUCUUUUCUUUUUCUUUCUUUCUUUUUCUUUCUCUUCUUUCUUUUCUUUCUACUUUUUUUGUUUCUUCUUUUUCCUUCUUUCUGUUUCUUUUUUCUUUUCCUUUUUCUUCUUUCUGUUUCUUCCUUCUUUUCUUUUUCUUUCUUUCUGUUUCUUCUUUGUUUACUUUUCUUCUUUCUGUUUCUGUCUUUCUUUUUCCCUUCUUUCUGUUUAUUUUUCCUUCAUUUUUCCUUCUUUCGGUUUCAUCUUUCUUUUAUCCUUCUGUUUCUUUUUCUUUUCUUUUUCCUUUAUACUGUUGCUUCUUUCUUUACUUUUUCCUUCUUUCUUUUCUUUUUCUGUUUUUCUUUCUUUCUGUCUCUUCUUUUUUCUGUCUUUUAUUUUCCCCCUUUUCUGUUUAUUUUCUUUUCCUUUACUUCUUUCUGA